AUGGACGCCCAGAACUUCACCUCACUCAACCGCAAUUUCCCUAAGAAGAAGUGCGGUGUGCUCGGCGCAACGGGCUCCGUCGGCCAGCGCUUCAUCCUGCUCCUCGCCCUCCACCCCCACUUCACUCUGCACGCCGUUGGUGCUUCGGAGCGCUCUGCCGGCAAGAAGUACAGGGAUGCUGUCAAGUGGAAGCAGGCCCUGCCCAUGUCCAAGGAGCUGGGUGAGCUGGUCGUGAAGAAGUGCACGCCCGAGGAGUUCGCCGAUUGUGAUCUGGUCUUCUCUGGCCUGGACAGCGAUGUCGCGGGCGAUGUCGAAAUGGCUUUCCUUAGAGCCAACCUGGCCGUCUUCUCCAACGCGAAGAACUACCGCCGCGAUCCGCUCGUGCCGCUCGUCGUUCCCACCGUCAACCUGAACCACCUGUCGGUGCUGGACCACCAGCGCCAGCACCACGGCCUACAAAAGGGCUUCCUCGUCUGCAACUCCAACUGCGCCGUCAUCGGCCUAGUCAUCCCGUUCGCGGCGCUGCAGGCGCGCUUCGGCCCCGUGAGUGAGGUCAGCGUAGUGACGAUGCAAGCCGUGUCGGGCGCUGGCUACCCGGGCGUCAGCAGCAUGGACAUCAUCGACAACGUCGUUCCCUUCAUCUCGGGCGAGGAGGAUAAGCUGGAGACGGAGGCGCAGAAGAUCCUCGGUGCCGUCAAUGCUGACGCCACCGGCUUCGAGGACCAGCCGCUUAAGGUCUCGGCCGCGUGCAACCGCGUGCCUGUGCUCGACGGCCAUACGGCCUGCGUCUCGCUCAGAUUCGCCCGCCGCCCCGCCCCCAGCGCCGAGGAGGUCAAGCAGGCCUUGCGCGAGUACGUGUCCGAGGCCCAGCAGUUGGGCUGUCCCUCGGCGCCGCAGAAUGCUAUCGUCGUCAUGGACGAGGCCGACAGGCCCCAGCCAAGGCUGGACAGGGAGACCGAUCGCGGCUACGCUGUUAGCGUUGGUAGGGUGCGGGAGGAUGAGAGCGGCAUCUUUGACAUCAAGUUCGUCGCGCUGAGCCACAACACUGUCAUCGGUGCUGCCGGCUCGUCCAUCCUGAACGCCGAGGCUGCGGUGCUUAAGGGCUAUGCUUAA